AUGAUGAAUGAACAAACAUUGGAAGAUACUAUUAUGGAGGUGAAGGAAGAUCAUAUGAUUUCACCAGCUGGUGACAGUGCACCAACUCUCAGAAUCGCCCAUUUUCUGAAACCAAUUGCAAACACCAUUCAUGAACCAGCUUUUGAGUUUAAACAAUCAUCACCGUCUUCUGUUUUUGAACCAAAGGAGUGGCCUUUGAAAAUCAACUUCACUGGUUGGCGUCGCCCACGCGCCAAAUGGGUUAGAUGGGUUGAUCAACUUAAACUCAAAUAUGAAACAGUGUGGAAGAAAGUUGGCAUCUUUGAAGCAAUAAUGGGCACAAGGUGCCGCAUACAUAAAAAUCAUGACUUGCUAUAUGGGGUAGUUGAGAAAUGGUGUUGUGAGACAAAUACCUUUGUGAUUGCCUUUGGUGAAGCAACUAUUACUUUGGAGGAUAUCAUGGUUUUGGGGGGUUAUCCUAUUAUUGGGGAUCCUGUUUUCAUUUCACUUGAAGACCAAGAAAUGAGAGAGGUGGAAAAGAAACUCAUCCUUGCAAGAGAGCAACUUUGUAAACACGGUAAGGCUAGAACACCAUUAUGGAUCGAUAGUUUCAUGGAUAAAGGUAGUGAAAUUGAACAUGAAGCAUUCCUUUCUACUUGGUUGUCAGUUUAUGUUUUUCCUCAUCUAAAUUUGGUGAAAAGUUGUUUGUUUCCUAUUGCUGUUCAUCUUGCUAGAGGGAAUCCAAUUGCUUUGGCACCGGCUGUUUUAGCUAGCUUAUAUAAGGAUUUAAGUUUGUUUAAGAAAACACUUGUUGAUUUGAAAAAAAUUUCUGAUGGUGGUGAUAGAUAUCCUUUGGAAGUUACUCUUCAAUCACCCUUUUACUUGGUUCAAAUUUGGGUGUGGGAAAGGUUCAAAAAUUUACAACCACAACCCAAUUUGAUCAACCAAGGAGACCCUUUGUUGUUUAGGUGGCAUAAGGUUAAGAUCUUGAAAAUUGACAGUGUUAAGUGGGCACUAGAUUCGGCUGUUGAUGAUUUUCUUUGGCGUCCUUAUGUUAGAUAUGCUGAUAAGUGUGAAUUGUUUUAUCCAAAUGAUGAAAUUUCGGUACCAUUUAAGAAAGAUUUGGUUGAUGAACAAAUGCUCUCAUUUGUUAUAUGCUUGAGAGUUUCUGAGCUUGUUGGAUUCGACUCUAUAGAACAGUAUCUGCCACAUAGAGUUGCUAUGCAAUUUGGAAUGGAUCAAGAUGUUCCGAGUGAUGUGCCUCGAUUCAAUGAGACUAAAGACAUUGCUUGGAAAAACUACUGUAGACGCAUAUCUGAUAGGAGUUUGUAUUUCCCAUCGAGAUUUUUUGAGGCAGAUGUUACUACCCGUUAUGCAAGGUGGUGGAAACAAUCAGUAUUGGGUCGUGAUGAUUUUGUUAUGAAAAUUGUGCAGAAGAAACGAAGUGCAAGUUCAAGGAAACAUAGAGUUUGUGUAGGAAAAGAUAACAUAAGUGGUAAUGAUGUUGGUGUUCCCCCUGGUUUUCCUCCCAAUCUUGUUGACACUCUUAUUUUUGGAAAAUUUUGUUAUAAUGGUUCCAAAACUAAAACUAGGAAGGUUGCUGAUUUUUAUGCCGAUGUUCCUUAUGAAAAUGCUGUUCAUAAUUGUUUGAAAGCUGAUGAAAAUAUUGAUGCUGAUGUUGAGGAUUGUAAGCCAAUGUUGGCAGAGUACAAGUGUGGUGGCAAAAUCCAUGAAUCUAAGCAUUUAUUGGACCAAAGUUGUUCAGCCUCUUCAGCAUAUUAUGAAAAGAUAUUACCACUGAAAAGGCCAGUUUCAGUAGAUAACAUUGAACUUUCAAUAGAAAGUUUGGAGGAUGAUUCUGAAGAUGCAAAUGGGAGCAAACAAGCAAGGAUGUCUAAUGACAGAGUCUGUUUAUCUGAGACUCAAGGUGAAAGCAAGAACUUUUUUAUCAGAAAAAAGGUCCCUUCAUCCAACAAUGUAACUGCUGUACAGCAAGAUCCUUCAGCUCAAGCACAAGCUAAAGAAGCGGUUGAAGAAAAAGGAAGGAAAGAAAGUGAUCAUGAAGUUGUGGUUUUGUUAAAAGAGCUAUACUUGAAGAACCAAGAGGAACUCAGGCGCCUGGCAAGACAACAAGAAAAGAUGUUUCAGUUAAUAGAUUUGAAGGAGAAGAGGGAUGAAGAGUUGAGGCAACUCCUCACUAGUGUUCUAAAGAAUCAACAACCACCAUCAUCUUUUUCUUAA